AUGACUAAAACUGAAGUGAAAAAGGUGAAAUAUGUAUGGGAGCUACCUGCUGAUAUUCUAAGACGUAUAUUCGUGAAGUUUGGUGGGAUUGCUUAUGAUGAUUUGGUAGAAUUGCUUUAUCUUGAUGACAAGUUUCAACCUGUGUUGAAUGCAUGUGUUGCAGUGGUGUCUAAUGAUAUUAGUUUUACAGGUACCCUUUUAUGCUUUGAAGGUAUCAGAUUUUUUUCAUUAAAUCGCUAUGAUCUUUUGAAAAAUUAUACAUUGCGUAACUCGCUUAUUGAUAGAUGUAUGGUCUUAGUAGAAUUGAAUAGUUCUAGGGGCAUGGGAAAUCUGAAGGAAAUAGCACCGUUAUUGAGGAAGGUGGGAAACAAAGUCAAGAUCUGCAAUCCAAGCUUUGAAGAAAAGGCUCUUUAUAAGAAAGGUAACAAUAAGGUUUCUAUAAAUCCUACCGUUAAUGAUGGAAUGGAUGAUCUAUUAGGAUUAUUAGGUUCCAGAAGUUAUGAAGAAAUAGGAUCCGACGCGAUCCCUUUUCAGAGCAUGAAAUACAAUAAUAUCAAGUAUCUGAAUCUGGGAUUCAUUGAUACUAAGAUCAAGAUCAAUAGAUUAGUCAAUAUUCACUUACAGGGGCUACAGAGUCUGAAAAUCACAGCACCAAAUGAACCAACGGAUGGAUUAUCUGGAGUUUGGAGAAGUUUUAAAGAUGAAGUCGCGGUUAAAGUUCCAGACCCGAAACGAAAGUAUCGAGUACUACCUCGCCACCAAUCAUUCAAGAUGUAUCUUCAGGAUUGUGAUUUCCCUAAACUUGAGAUCUUCGAAUUGAGCUCGAAUGUCAAGAUUGAAGCCAUUUCCUGUUGUGAUCUCAAAAGUUUAAAAUCGUUAGAGUUUAGCAAUAAUUUUCUAUUGUUGAUUGAGAAUACAAAUCUAAGCAACAUAGAAUCACUAAUUAUACGGCCAACGAUCAAUACCCAAUCCUUUAUCACAGAAGAUGGAUAUCAAGUUGAUAAAGAUGAAAUGGAAUUAGAUUUAGAAAACCUCACUCAAGAAUUUUGUGCCAAACAUGAAGUUUCAAGAAAUCUUAUCAAAAGAUUCCCCACAUUUUUGAACCAUGAUAAUAACUUAAAGUCUUUACAAAGUAUUCAACUUCCUCAUAUAAAUUCCUUGUUGAGUGCCAAAUUCGAAAAGAAGAUGUUAGACACAUUGAAGGUAAAGCUAAAAGCAGAUGUUCCAGUCCAGAUAUGA